UCCGUUGCUCGCUACACUGGUUUCCUCAAUGCUUCCUUCACAACCACCUACUUCUUGUGCCGCAGUCUUGUGUGGUCCAGGAACUGCGUGCCAGGUUCAGACCAUUUACUGUCUUAUACCUCCAUGUCCACCACCAGUUGCAAGAUGUGUUCCCAUGAAUAAACCAGGAUCAUGUCCAGUACAAGAUGGUCUUGGCGCUUGCGUAGUGUCGUGCAACAAUGACGCUGAUUGCUUUGGGAACCAGAAGUGUUGUGGGUCGUGCCCGCGACAAUGUACUGAUCCAGCACCUCCUACAGUCAAACCGGGUUACUGCCCGUUCCCACACCGAUGCAGGAGUGAUUUUGACUGCUAUGGAAACGCAAAGUGUUGUGGGUCUUGCCCAAGGAGAUGUGCUAUUCCGUUCCGAUAUUUCACCAAAGGAUGAACAGCUGGAAAAGAAUUUUAUGCUCUUGGGGGUAUGUUUGUCACCCUCAUCAAAGAAACACUUCACAUGGUGGACCAUUUUUUUCUAUUCAUUGAAAAGUUUGAUUGUUAUUUUGUAUGGAAUAAACAAAUGAAAUUACCUUUGACAUU